AUGUCCAACAUGGUGACCAAUGUGGUGGCAAGGAGCACCCUCCUUAGUGCGCUAGAAGAGAAGCGACGGCACCAGAUGAAGAAAUACCUGCUCCAUCGGCUGUUCUUUGUUGCAAUGUUGCGAGAAGAACGAUGUCAUGCAGAGAUCACAGCUUACCAUGAGCAACUUUUCCAGAAGAUUUCAAAGUUCCAUCUGGGAGAACCUGCUUCAGGUGUCCUUCUCAUCUAUUCUCAGUGCGUUCUCCAUAUUCUGGAGGCAUCCAGUGGGACAUUAUACCACAUCCUUAUGGACUUGGCAGCCUUUGAAAGUCAAGGCCCAGUAGCUUUACUGCAGGAUAUUAAGAUAUUAGUGGUGUCUCACAACAUCCCAACCAGGCUGUUCUCGCAGUGGUAUGCUACAACAGUGGAGGUGCCAGUAACUCUCGAAGAUGUUACACAGUCCCAGACUACAGAGGAAGUGAUUACAGAGUGUCUUUCACUCAUCCUCAAACUGGGAAUAUACCUUGCAACACUCAAGGUGGGCAAUAAAGGCCUGAGCGAUUGCCUCCACACGGCUGUGCCUGAACUUCUGAUCCCAGCAGAAACCAUUGGGUAUUUGUGCAGGGCGAAAGAAUGUUUGAGUCCAGGAGAAUUUCUGAAGAUGUACAACAGUCCUUUGCAGCCUAACAUGGAUUCAGAAAUGUAG